AUGCCCGCCACUGCCCCCGAGCUUCCGGGGACGUUGAAGGAGAUGUCGCCUGAACUCUUUACUUGAAAUUAUUUCCCACGCGCCGCCAUGGUCUCCUCCGCCACUUUUCAGGGCUUUAUCAGAACCACUACUUCUGCUUCAACCACUAUGUCCCUCAGGGGUCCCCUUUUCCUCUUAUGCCACAGAACUCGAAGACUCUCACUUCUCUCCAUUUCCGUGAGACAUCCUUCACUUUGCUUGAGGAAUUUUCAUGUGCCCUCAAAGAUAAGGUCACACAUAACCGUGGGCUCAGUGGCGCCUUCUAGGAUGACUGAGGUGGAUUGGAAGGAGAGGCAAGGUGUGAGCUUCAGGCGGAGGAGCAUUGCCUUGCCAUUUUGGUAUCAGCAGAGCUCCAGUUAUGGUCGUUUUGCUUAUCAGGAUGUGUCUAGUGAUGAUUCCGAGAUGGAGUCGGAAUCUCCUCAGCAACAAAUGGGCGGUUCAUCCCUUGAUAACAUUGAUGAGUGGAGAUGGAAGCUGACCAUGCUUCUUCGAAACAAAGAUGAGCGAGAAGUGAUUUCAAGGGAGAAAAAGGACAGACGUGAUUUUGAGCAUAUCUCAACUUUAGCGACUAGGAUGGGUUUAUAUAGCCGGCAAUAUGCAAAAGUGGUCGUCUUUAGCAAGGAACCUCUGCCAAAUUACAGAUCUGAUCUGGAUGAUAAGCGUCCACAGAGGGAGGUUGUCAUACCUUUUCGUGUUCAUGGAGAAGUAAAUUCUCUUCUCAAUGCUCAUCUUUCUAAAAAAUCUACAAGCUUUGGAGGUGUUUUUGAUUCAUCGUUGCAUGCUGGCAUCCCUCUGGAUGAAGGAAUUCUCAAGGAACCAGAGCCCUUGGUACAGCAUAGUGUUGUCAGGGAGAAAAUUCUUCGACGAAAAAGUUUGCAACUGCGUUCUCAACGGGAAGAUUGGCAGGAGUCUCCUGAAGGACAAAAGAUGCUUGAAUUUCGUAGAACUCUUCCUGCAUUCAAGGCAAAGGAUACAUUAUUGAAAGCCAUUUCAGAGAACCAGGUUGUUGUGGUCUCAGGUGAAACUGGUUGCGGCAAGACCACACAACUUCCACAAUAUAUAUUAGAGUCUGAGAUUGAAGCUGCACGUGGUGCUCUUUGUAGCAUAAUUUGUACUCAGCCAAGAAGAAUAUCUGCCAUGUCUGUUUCUGAAAGAGUUGCAGCAGAGCGGGGGGAAAAAUUGGGAGAAUCUGUUGGUUACAAGGUUCGGCUGGAGGGUAUGAAAGGAAGGGAUACUCGUCUUCUGUUUUGCACUACAGGUGUAUUGUUGAGGAGACUACUUGUGGACAGAAAUCUAAAAGGUGUGACUCAUGUUGUUGUUGAUGAAAUUCAUGAGCGCGGAAUGAAUGAAGAUUUUCUCCUUGUUGUGCUGAAGGAUCUUCUUCCACGCCGUCCAGACCUUAGGUUAAUUUUGAUGAGUGCGACCUUAAAUGCCGAGCUUUUUUCUUCCUACUUUGGUGGGGCUCCAACUUUGCAUAUACCUGGUUUUACAUAUCCAGUUCGAGCACAUUUUCUUGAGGAUAUUCUGGAAAUGACUCGAUAUCGGUUGACCCCUUAUAAUCAAAUUGAUGAUUAUGGUCAAGAGAAGACAUGGAAAAUGCAGAAACAGGUCCAAGCAUUAAGAAAAAGAAAGACCCAGAUUGCUUCAGCCGUUGAGGAUGCAUUUGAAGCUGCUGAUUUCAAGGAGUACAGCUUACACACCCGGGAGUCAUUAUCCUGCUGGAGUCCUGAUUCAAUUGGUUUUAACCUUAUUGAACAUGUUCUUUGCCACAUUGUCAAGAAUGAAAGGCCAGGUGCUAUUUUGGUUUUUAUGACUGGUUGGGAUGACAUAAAUUCUCUAAAGGAUCAACUCCAGGCUCAUCCUUUGUUGGGUGAUCCGAGCAAAGUAUUGCUUCUUGCAUGCCAUGGCUCCAUGGCCAGCUCUGAGCAGAGGUUGAUAUUUGAAAAUCCUGAAGGAGGAGUGAGGAAAAUAGUUCUUGCCACUAAUAUGGCUGAGACUAGUAUUACCAUCAAUGAUGUUGUCUUCGUGAUUGAUUGUGGGAAAGCAAAAGAGACAUCUUAUGAUGCACUAAAUAACACUCCUUGUUUACUCCCAUCUUGGAUCUCAAAGGCUGCUGCUCGGCAGAGAAGAGGAAGGGCAGGUCGUGUUCAACCCGGCGAAUGUUACCAUCUUUAUCCUAGAUGUGUUUAUGAUACUUUUGCUGAUUAUCAAUUGCCGGAGCUUUUAAGAACACCCUUACAGUCCUUGUGUCUUCAAAUCAAAAGUCUAAACCUUGGAAGUAUUUCAGAAUUCCUAUCCAGAGCUCUGCAGCCACCAGAGCCUCUGUCGGUUCAAAAUGCGGUUGAAUAUUUGAAGAUUAUUGGGGCCUUGGACGAAGAUGAGAAUCUGACAGUUUUAGGUCGUAACUUGUCAAUGCUCCCUGUAGAGCCUAAGCUUGGAAAGAUGCUUAUCUUGGGAGCUAUCUUCAACUGUUUAGACCCCAUAAUGACUGUUGCUGCUGGUCUUAGUGUAAGAGAUCCAUUUUUGAUGCCAUUUGACAAGAAAGAUCUUGCGGAGUCUGCCAAGGCCCAGUUUGCUGCUGGUGCCUAUAGUGAUCAUAUUGCACUUGUUCGAGCUUAUGAGGGUUGGAGUGACGCAGAAACACAGAAAGCAGGUUAUGAGUACUGUUGGAGAAAUUUCCUUUCUUCACAAACACUUAGAGCCAUUGACUCUCUUCGGAAGCAAUUUUUUUACCUGCUCAAAGACUUAGGUUUGGUUGGUCAUAGUACUGACAAUUGCAAUGCAUGGAGUCAUGAUGAGCAUCUGGUCCGGGCGGUCAUUUCAGCUGGUUUGUUUCCUGGAGUAUGCUCUGUUGUGAACAAAGAAAAGUCAAUAGCAUUGAAAACAAUGGAGGAUGGUCAAGUUCUCCUGUAUGCUAAUUCUGUAAAUGCUGCUGUACCCAAAAUUCCAUUCCCGUGGCUGGUAUUCAAUGAAAAGGUGAAGGUGAAUUCAGUAUUCCUCCGGGAUUCAACUGGUAUAUCUGAUUCAAUGCUUCUGUUAUUUGGUGGGAGUGUUUACAGAGGUGGACUGGACGGUCACCUGAAAAUGCUGGGGGGUUAUUUGGAGUUUUUCAUGAAUCCUACAUUAGCUGAGACUUACUUGAGCCUGAAGAAGGAGCUGGAGGAAUUAAUACAUAGAAAACUUCUGGAUCCCAAGUUGGAUAUACAACCAUCUGAUGAGCUUCUUUCAGCUGUCAGAUUGCUGGUAUCGGAGGAUCAGUGUGGUGGCAAAUUUGUCUUCGGUCGUCAAGUGCUAUCACCAUCAAAGAAGGCGAAAGACUCUGGAAAUGUUUCUAUUGAGAGCAGUAAUUAUAAAAACCAGCUGCAAACAUUGCUUGCCAAGGCUAGACAUGAACCGCCAACUUACAAAACAAAACAACUGAAAAACAACCAGUUCCGCUCUACUGUCAUAUUCAAUGGCUUGAAUUUUGUUGGCCAGCCUUGCAACAGCAAGAAGCAAGCUGAACAGAACGCUGCUUCUGAGGCUCUUCUGUGGUUAAUGGGGGAUACACGUUCAUCUAGUGAUGAUAUUGACCAGAUGGAAUCUUUGCUUGGCAGGGCUCGACAUAAACCAUCAAAUAAGGCAAAAGACUCCAGAAGUAGUUCUGUUGAGAGAGGUGAUUGUAAAGGCCAGUUGCAAACUUUGCUUGUCCGGGCUGGACAUGAACCACCAACUUACAAAACAAAACAACUGGAGAACAACCAAUUCCGCUCUACCGUUAUAUUCAAUGGCUUGAAUUUUGCUGGCCUCCCUUGCAACAGCAAGAAACAAGCAGAAAGGGAUGCUGCUGCUGAGGCUCUUCAAUGGUUAAACGGUGAUACACAUCCAAAUGAUGAUGACGUUGACCAUAUGUCUUUGCCUUUCAAAAAGAGCAAGAAAAGAAGCAAAAUUUCACUGAAUGGUGCUAAAAGAAGAUGAUGUACCUUCACUUGAAAAGAUCAAGCUCUUGAUUAGAUAACAAGUAUAGCACAGUAAUUCACUGAGGAAGACCUGGUCUGUGGUGAAGCCUAUGGUACACUGGAUGAAACGGAGCUGUUUCCAGUUGACGUCAAACAGAGUGUACAGAGCUAUUGAGGAACUUUAUUCUGACAGCUACUGCCUUAGCCCUUGUUUUUGUAAAGGGUGAUUGUAUCCAGUCUUCCUGGAUUUUUAGGCACUUAAAAUGGCAUAUUUAUAGAAUUGUCUAGGCCUGACGUGGGCCCGGAGAUUCACUGGUUGAACAACUGCUGCUUGAGGUGUCUUCUGUACUUGAGCAUAAUUUCUUGCUAGAAAGGGGAGUAAGCAGCAAUUAUACGGAGGUACCAAUGAUGCCUUGUUUAGGUCAGAUCCUUUACAUGUUUCGGGGGGAAAAAGGGAAACAAAAGAAUGUAGUUAUUCGUGAAGUUCACAUCAUAUAUUAACACUAUCAGUUCUUUUCUCACUCUUUCUAGAUGUAUCAUAUACAUUAAUUUAUAUAAAGGAUCCGGAUUCAUAUUAUUUUUAUUC